AAUUUCUGAACAAACUGUCAGAAACCGUCUCAGGGAAGCUCAUCUGCAUGCUCAUCUGCAUUUGCUUUCACAUUCAUUGCUAUGUAAACAUGUAAACAUAGCAAUGAAUGUGAAAGCAAAGACUCAGACCACAAAAUAGGUGAAGUAAACUGGCAAAAGAGUUGAGUUUUCAUUCAAAGGCAAGGACAAUGUGAAUACAAAGAGAACAGUUAUUUCGCUUUUUUUUUUAUCCCAGAGUUCACUUUAAAGAGGACUAUAUGAGAAUACACCAUUAGACAUGAAGGAAAGGAACCAAUUUCUUUUUCCAACAUUAACUCAAUGCACUCUGGGUUUUUACAAAGUGCAGGACAAGCCAUUCCAUUAGCAUGUGUUAUCAGACAGCUAGCUCAAUAAUGGACUAAAGGAGCCUAAUGUUACUCCUUAGUCCAGGGACCUUACAUGUUCUGUUUAAAGGGAGAAUUUGCUCUGGAAGCCAAAACAGCCAAAUACUCCAUUUAAACGUGAAUCAAUUCUCAAUUGCGAUAUGGUUCUUGAAACAUAAAUCCCUCUACUUUAAUAUCACAUCAACAAUUUCACAAAUGCAAAAUAUACACUUACUGUACACUGCUUUAACACAAUUGCAACCGACAGUAUUUUUUAGUGACAACACGUUUAUGAUGUCGGUCUUCCGUUUACGCGCAAGUUCGGAGAUGCAGAUAGCUAAUUAGCACAGGUAGUCCACUCUCUCAUCAGUCUGUUUUCCAUAAACAAGUGCUCAUAACAUGGAAAUAUGGCUGUGUGGGAACCCUAACACUUACCCUAUAAAAGUGUGGAUAAAUAAAAAAAACUCUCAAUGAAAUGAGAGAGAAGGGCCUUUUGCUUCCAAAACCGUACAGCAAGCGAUGCGUGCUAAUGUUCAGACCAAGCAUCACGGCUCUUAAACUCCCAACUACAGAAAACGCCUUCGUCCAAUGACUCGUGGAAUGUAAUUGAUCUGAGAGUCAUGAUAACCCUUUAUCAGACAGAUAUUUUCCUCAUCAAUAUACACAAAAUACCCCAAAAUGACAGUGAAAACAGGUUUUUAGAAAAUGUAUUUAAAAAGUACUAAGGGUCUGAAUACUUAUGUAAAUGUGAUAUUUCAGUUUUUAUUUUCAAUAAUUUUGCAACAUUUCUAAACCUGUUAAUUCAAUUUUAGAAUAAGGCUGUAACGUAACAAAAUGUGGGAAAAGUAAAGGGGUCUGAAUACUUUCCCAAAUGCACUGUGCCUAUUUACAUUUUGGAAGCUAAUAGAUUGCAUUUAGUUGAGACAAUUAUAAUCAGAAGAUAAUAUUAACAUGUGAAUGUUAUUGGUAACACUAACUUCAGAUUAAAUAGUUAUGUAAUUAAAUUGUACACCCAAUGUAGGCUACUGUCCCUUUAAGGGUACAAAAUCAAUGCUAGCUCUAUGUUGCGAUUCUCACCGAAUAUUGUUGUCUUCUCACACUAUUCAAGACCCAUCAUCAAAUAAACAGUUUAUGAAGCUCUCUCAGCCUGUAGGUCACAUAAUGCAAACAAAUAGUUUGAACAUCGUGUCGGUACAAAACUCCACAUUUUUGCAUUUCUGUUCACGCUAGACAAUUGAGAUUUAAUAUACAAAAAACUGCACACGUUUUUCAUCAUCAACCAGGUUUCAUCCAACCUUUUUAUGCACGUAAAGUACAUGUCGGAUAAAAAAUGUCAUGACAGGCCUGAUGGAAACUUUUCAAAUGUCGACAAAACCAAAUACGCUAGACAAGGUGGGAUCUUUUUGUCUGUAAAAUGAUUUAUGCGAGAAAUCUUGGUGGAAACGCUUUUAUGAGCAUAUUGAUAUAAUAACAUCAUAUGGAAGUGAACUUGGAGUCACGCGAUGACAUGUCGUGUGGUCUAGGGCUGUCCCCGACUAAAAAAAUCUUAGUAGACAGUCUGUUCUUUCAACCAAUCGAUUGUAUUUUGCCAUAUGUAGACACACCCAAAGUUUUAAUAAAAGCAACUAUAUGUAUGCUUCUGAGCUUGUCUGAUGCAUUAUGCAUUUUGAUAAAACAUUAUUUGUGUCUUCAUUUUAAGAGGGAGCCAGAGAUCAAUAUAGCCUAACCAGAAUAAAAAUGUAAACUGUUCCUGACCACCGCAGAUUCUGCCAUUAUGCUCCUGAAGUUGCCGGUAAUAGGCUACGCCAGCGGUCGGCAACCUUUUCCAUUUGGAGUGCCAAUUUAUCAUACCAUUUCCACUGAUCUGCGUUCCAGUUAUGAUUUUCAUAUGCACAUUUUCGUUAGUUUCAUUUAAUUUAUAAUAGUCUUAUCUCAAGAUCCAUGUCAUGUGGUUGAUCCAAAUUCUAUCUAAAUGAAAAUGAUACUUUUAACAUUGUAACUUCUAUUGUCAUUGCCGAUAUGUAAAAAUAGCCUACAUUAAGCCAACAAAUUAAAACAUUGCAGCCUACAGGUAGAAAAUAUCCCGAUUUAAAAAUAAUUAUCCUAUAAAUCACAUUGGCUAGGCAUGAACCUGAAACAUUGUAUCAACUUGGUCCAGCCCAAAGCUCGUGCUAGCAGCAUUGUAUAAAUUAUUCUGGGCCCUCAGUUUCCGUGCCAGUGAGCUCUGGACAGACACAGCUGUAAGCUAUUUGCACAAGGGAUAAGAAGUAAUCAGAGAGGCAUCGGCGCAUGACAUUUUUCCCUCUUUCAUGUUGUGGUUGUCGAAAGCGAGAGAACUGAAAAGAUUUUCAAUUAGGCUACGUUGAGGAAUUGUCAUUAUCAAUGGAUGUAAAAACACACUUAGUUUACUUGCUGUUUUGAGGUGAAAAAAAUGACUGAGAUACUCCACAGUGGUGGUGAGUUAAAGGGCCUACAUUUACGCGCAGGCCAGGUAGCCUAGGCCUACUUCUAUGCAUAAAAAGGUGCGUGUUCCUACUCAAGAUUGACAGUAGCGCUCCAAACAAAAGACAAUUUAAUAAAUUGACCACUCGUAAAUGGAAUGAAAUAAACCAAAACUUGUUGCAAACAACGUGCCCACAAGACUGUAAUAAUAGUAUAUUGAAUGCAUAGUUUUUAUUUAACUAGGCAAGUCAGUUAGGAACAAAUUAUUAUUUACAAUGACGGCCUACCCCAGCCAAACCCUAACCCGGAUGACGCUGUGCCAAUUGAGCGACGCCCUAUGGGACACCCAAUCACAGCCAUUGAUUGGGUGCCUGGAUACAGCCUGGAAUCGAACCAGUGACUCCUCUACCACUGAGAUGCAGUGCCUUAGACUGCUGCGCCACUCGGGGGCCCAUUUUAAUAGAAAUGACAGUAACUGGAAAUUAACGGUAAAUGUACUACUGGUGAUGUGAUACUGGUGUGCGAUCCUGCAGCCUCCACAAUGGAUUAGUCCACUCCGCUACGCCCCGCCUCCCGACUAUCCUAAUUUAAAAAAUGACCAAGUAUAAAGAUGUAGGAACCCCCCAAAUUGCGGGCAGCAAUUGCACCCUAAUCAUUUAUUAGGCUACAGAUGAAAUAAGUUAAGAUGAAUUUCACAGGUUAAAGUGCACAGCUUGGUGCUCCUUUCCAAUAAAUAUUGAUUGUCUUAUUCUGGUGACAUGAUCGCUAUUUUGUCCUGAAUAAUUUCAUCAUGUAGUGGGCUAUACCAGUGGGCUAUACCAGCUUGUAUCUGCAAGCUGUUGGCUGGAGCGCACUUGCCAAUACCAGAGGGGGCACACCUUAUAUAAUGCAAACAGUAGAGUUGAACAUUUGUGGAAAAUCAUUUAGCUUGUAUUUUUUAUUCGAUACAUUGGAAAUUAACCGUUAAUGUCGUUUUAUGGGCACUACGGCAUCACGCACAGCCUUUUCUCCUCAAGUCAAUUUGAUGGAAACCCAUCUCUGCAACAUUGUGACAGAGGAGACGCAGUAACACGGGAACAGGGUCUGACACUACUGAAAUGGUGCUACGUGGAGAGUCACAAACUACUACAGAAAAUACAAGGUGUACUUGCGGUGCCGGCCCAUGUCCAGUUGGAGUUGACAGUGGUGUAUAACUGCUGUCUGUUCUCCUUCAGUCAGACACAACUCACUGAGGCAGAGCAUCUCCUCACACACAGCCUGGAGAGAGCUCUAGGUGCUGUAGGUUGUGAUCGUCCACCUCCCAACCCCCCAGUGUUCUGGUGUAUGGUUCUAAAGUCCCUGGGUUCCACACCUUCCCUGCGCUCCUGUACUCUGCAGCUGCUCUGUCUGCACUGGGCUCUCUGGCUGUCUACCUGCAGACUGGGGCACAUACAGGAGCUGCAGGAAGAGCUGCGAUCUCUCUCUGAGGGACUGGGGGCACGAGAGGUGACUGUGGAGAGGAGUGCAGUCAGGCCAGCGGUGCUAGUGCACCCCAGGGAUCUAAAAGACCUCCUUCUCAUCUGCACUGUCAUCGCUCAAGGUGCUGAGCUGCUGUGUGAGGGGCGGUGUUCAGAGGCCCUGACUGUUCUUCAGAGAGACUCCUUCCCAUUGGCCCCCAGAGAACUGCUGGCCCAGAUACACACACUCACAGGCCUCUGCCUCAGCCGCACGGGUCGUCCACACAGUGCUAUGCAGUGUUAUAGGAAGGCGUUGGAGACGGACGUGAGGUGUGUGUGUGCGCUGCACCAGAGCAUCCUGGUCUACAGGCAGCUGGGAAACACACAAGCAGAGAUCCAGGCUCUACGUCUGCUACACUCAGUUCUGAUGAUGCCACCUGCCACCCAGCCUGCUGUGGCCCCACCUAUCAUCUGUCCCGCCUCUCUGCUCCCUGGCCAAUCCCUAUCCAGCCUGCUUUCUGUCCCCUCCCCCCUCAGCGUACUACACAGUCUGGCUCAGAAGUGUGUGCUCCACGGAAGUGUGUCAGAGGGUGUAGAGCACUACUUGGACCUCCUAGCUGCUCUUCAGUCAGACCACCAGCUGUCUCAGGGGUUCUCUGAGGCCCCUCCCCCCCCCAGGUUACCUGAGCUCUACCUGGAGGCUGGCUCCUCCCUGUUGACGGCCCAGCGGCCUGCAGACUGCCUGGCACUUUGUGAUGAAGUCAUCAGUACGACUCUGGAGCUGCUCCCAGAGAGGCUGUUGCUGGAGGAGCCCAUGGAGGCGUCUGUGCCUGGGUCUCCAAAAAAGCUGGGGUUAGGCCUGGACCGGCUGGGUGUGGUGCUGUGGUCUGGGGCUGCCUACCUUCUCCAGGCCCACUGCUACUCCCACCUCAAGGACUGGAAGCAGGCUGUCACCCACUACACCAGGUGCAUCAACCUGCUGAUGAAGGUGUGUGUUAAACAGAAAGGCUGUGUGAAGCUGGAGCUAGGUGUUAGGACCCUGCAGAGGCUGAAAGGGCUGGCUCUGGCAGGGAGAGGAAUCAGCUUCACACACAGAGACCAGAAGAGGGAAUCCCUGAGAGACCUACAGCUCAGCCUGCAGGCUGCACCAGGGUGUGCGAGCGCUGGGCUGUGGCUGACUGAGGUUCUGUGGAGGCUGGGAAGGAGACAGGAGGCUGCAGCCUUUUGGGAGAAGACCCAGAGCUCCAGCACAACUUCAUCAUUAGAAGGUGUUCCCUUGUACCUGCUGGACCCCCAGACUGGCCCCUCCCUGGACCUCAGUGACCUCCGACGCAGAGUGGAGGAGUUCAUCAACACUCAGCACAGCUAGGGGGUGUCUCCAGAAACACUGGCGUGUCCACAUAGGCUCUGGGAUGUCCUCAUAAGGCUUAGUAAGCCCUGUACCUGGAACAAGCUGGUUUUACCCACCCAACAUAGUGUGAGGUUCAUAUCCUGGCUGAAAUGGAGUUCCAAUUAAGUGGAGUUUGAACACUAUUAACCUCUGAAGCCCAGCCAAGAUUUUGGAGGAUGGCCACUCGAGACUAGAACUCUGUAGACCAACUGUGAGCCGUAGCCAUACUGCUUGAUGAGGCAGUUGCCUGUCCUGUUCAUCAUACAGAAGGAACAGGACAGGCAACUCUUUGGGAAUGCCACAGUGCUCUGUCUGAGUGACUUAUGUAAUAAUGUGGCAGCAGUACAUUAUUGUGAUAUGACAAAUAUGAUACGAUGUAACCUUAUUUCUGUAAAUAUGUAAUAUUUUUGUUUGAAAUUAUUUUGUAUUUACUCAGCACCAUAAAGAGUGUGGUUUAUCUC